UCACGCUGCAAAGUGGAGUCGAAAUUUGCUCCCGGAGGCGGUCGUUAAAUUGUUCAUUUCAUCUAUUGUGCAUCUGGGUAUAAGAAGCAGCGGUAACACCUGAGGUAGGCUUCAGUCAUACAAACAGCCUCGUUUGCCUACACAUUACUCUCUCAUUAUCAUCGCAGCUUUCUUUGGGUCAUUGUCUGUUCGACCAAAAUGCGCGUCUCAACCUUGAUGCCGCUCUUUGCGGCUCUCCCCUCAGCAUUUGCAGCACCACAGCAGCCAGAAUUCACCAACACCACCGAACUACCUACCCAUUUCGCCAUGCUACUGCUUCCGCGCUUCCAGGCGCUGGACGUCUUCGGCCCACUAGACGUGCUCAAUACCCUCUCCAUGCUCUACAGCAACAAAACAGCCAUGACUCUCACCCUACUCAGCAAGACCAUGGACCCAGUAAGCACCACGAUCAAGGACAUAAACGGCAAAAGCAACUUCGGUGAAGAGAUCCUCCCGACCAACACGUUUGCCAACAUCCUCGGCAAGGAGAAGAGUCAUCCUGCCCCAACAAACCACACUACGUCAGUGGAUAAAGACAUCGAAGUCCUCCUCGUCCCCGGUGGUGGCGGCACAAGGCAGAACAUGACCGAAGAAAUCGCAUUCGUGAAAGAGGUCUACCCCAAGCUGAAGUACAUAAUCUCCAUCUGCACCGGCGCCACCGUCCUCUCCCGCGCCGGGAUUCUUGACGGCAAGAAAGCCACCACCAACAAGCGCUCCUGGCUAUGGGCUACCUCCACAGGGCCCAAUGUCACAUGGGUGCCGUCGGCGCGGUGGGUUGAAGAUGGCAAUAUCUUUACUUCGAGUGGCAUUUCUGCUGGUAUUGAUGUGACGAUGGCUUGGGUAGGGAAGAUCUAUGGCGAGGAGGUUGCGGAUUUUGUGGCGAAUAGUAUGGAGUAUGAGAGGUGGACUGACCCGCACAGGGAUCCGUUUGCGAAGGUGUGGGAUGUGCCUGGUGCGGUAUAAAUGGGUACAACACUGAGGGCAAGAGCAAGACUUAGGUGCCGGAUGCGAUUAGUUAAGGUGAUAUAGAGAUGCACGUACGUCUCCUAGAGGACAAGUAAAGCUGGCUUAGAUAUGUGGAGAAAGCAACAUAAGACGUAAGAUCAGAA